AUGUGGACGGGGCGUGGUUUCGGCUGAAGUGCGGUGGUGAGUGACUGUUGUCGGGCAGAACAGAAAAGGCGCGGGUCUGCUUGUUUUUAAUGGUCUCUAGUUAAUUUAUCAAUUUGAACCAUUUUAGAUAUGGAUGUCCACACGUCUAGUAGCAGCAGCAGCCAGAUGUCCCCCACCCUGCAGAUGUCCAAUGGCUUCAUCUUACCUGAGGGCAAACUGACCCCACACGCCCUCUUUGUUGGUGGGAUUAACAUGAAGGUGCAUGUAAAUGAAUUGCAGAACUUCUUUGCCAGAUAUGGCUCUGUCAAGGAAGUUAAGAUUAUCACCUACCGUGGAGGGAUCAGCAAGGGGUACGGGUUUGUAUACUUCGAUGACGAUGUGAAUAUCCAGUCAAUCAUUGAGCAAACGAUCGUUUUUAAUGGCCAGAAGCUCAAGCUCGGCCCAGCCAUCAUGAAGGAAAGGAGCUCACGGUCCAUGCCAUCGCGUAUGAUUUGCCCAGCUCCUUGGAUGAACCCCAUUCAGUACUUCUACUGUGUUUGCUGUUCACCCGGGGGAGCUUGUGUGGCACAACCCUCGCCCAUCCUUAAUGGAGGGAGCCCUUACAACCAGCCGUACUCGUACUCCAACUCCAACUAUGGAGGGGUCAUGGUGCCACAGAUGCCAAUGACCUACGCUCAGAACGCCUAUGCUUACCAGGCUCCUCUUCAGUGGACAGCGGCGCAGAGGACACGGCCUGUCGAUCAGAACUUUGCAGACUGUGGAGUCCAGACCAGGCUGAAUGUGCUGUAGUCCAAAGCUACUGACAUCCCACCAGAAAUUAGAAACGACUUCUCCUGAUUGGGUUUGUAAUUGAAGGAGGGGACCAUGAUUUACCUGUGAUGUGGUUUUCCGCCCCUCUGCUCUCCUGGAUACAGGCUGCAGUGAGUCAGGAUGCAGACAGGAUGACAUCUUGAGGUUACAACAGCCAGAAGAAACCCAACUGCCCUCUUCCUCCUCCUGAUCCCUCCUUUUUUCUUUUCUGUCAACUUUUUUGAGACCCUUUUGUGCUGGUUUCACGUGGUCAAACCACUAUUAACCGACAUGUAUCACAGUAGCAGACACACAGGAAGACCAAAGCACCCUCACUGACCAGCUGAUUUACAGGCUCACAUCUUUCAUUUUUGUGUCUUUUUCUUUCUCCCAGAAAAAAAGGGAAAGGACUUUUAAGCUCACCUUUUGUGCCUAUUUAUUUUUUAUGUUUAAUUUAUUUUGAAAUUAAUCUAAAUGUUUGUUUGGGCUCUUUUAGUAUCUGCAAAGGCUCUCUGUUCAUACAAGGUACUUUUAGAACAUGGAACAAUGUCGAAACAGCAAUCUGUUUUUAGCGCUGAAGAAGAAUUCUUCUUUAACUCUUGUUCAAGCUUAUUGCUCUUCUGAGAAAUUUAUUAACUUGUCCACUACAGCAAGAGAAGCACUUGGUCAUUACAUUUAUUUCAAACGCUCAUUUAUUUUGUGCCGGUCUAUCGUUUAAUUGGGUGUCGAUUGAGGCAGUAAAUGGACGAGCCUCUGUGUGACUGAACUGAUUGGCAAGGGGUUCACACUCAAGGAACAAACACUGCAUUAAUUUAUUUUCCCAUUACUCAAUCAUUAUUAUAUUUGCAAAUGAUGGGCGUAGUGGAAAGUGAAGUUCUCUGUUUGAUAAAAAUGUUCACUGUAUAUGGUUCACUUUAAACAAGUUAUUUCUUUUAGGGGCUUUAUAAAGUAACUGGUGAUCUUACACUUCAUAUUUUACUGAUAUUUAAUGACUGGAAAUACUAAUUUUAUACCUAUUAUUUUCAUUGAGUGCACUCUUUGUUUUAUUUCUACACUUGGAUUCUUAAAAUAAGGACACGUGUGGUUUGAAGCACACAUUUGGUGUAUAUCACAGAUUUUUUUUCCCUUUUACCUAUUUUUGUGUAUUUCUGUUCAGGCAUUAAUCUUAGGGUCUCCAGUGUUCAGUAAUUUGAUUGUAUUGAUUGAGUUAUUUUGCUCAGAGAGCCUGGGUACUGCACUGUUUCCUUUGUUGAUGUUCAGGUUUUGCCAGGUUUGUUUAAAAAGAAAUAAAAGUUGAAAAUGUAAUUACCAUUUAAA